AUGUCCUCUGAACUGAACCGUGAUAUACCGUUACCGGAAAAUGUGGAACUGCUAUCCUCACAAGAGGUUUUUGAACUAGUCACUCAGCACAAACGACAAUUAGAGUCAUAUGUUGCUGCAUUUAACCCUCAAGAGGAAUUGAAAGCCGAUGUGUUAAAUUUGAAAGUACAACUGCAAGAAUUGGAAGGAAAGUUCAAAGGUUUAGAAGAAGAGCGGGCUAAAGUACAAGAACAGCUUGAAGAAUGUCGCAUAUUGGAAUCUCAGUACGUGAAAAGAUGGCAAGACCAGCAUCAGAAGAUAGACAAAAAGUAUAAUGAGGAUCUUUUGAAAGCAGUAUUGGAAAUCCAAAUGACAGAAGUGGAAGAUGACAGCUUCAAACUAGAGGAAAAGUUAAAAGAAGAUGACGAUUUGGAUGUGUUCUUAGACCAAUAUAUCGAGAUGCGAACAAACUAUCACAUAAAGAGAGAAAAACUAGCUACUUGGAACGCUCAGGGUACAUUACGAGUAAGAUGA